AAUUUCAUAUUCUGAUUCUCAAUACAAACGAAAAACUACACGAGUUCAUAAUCAGAUCUUAAUGAUUUACUGGUGUUCAAAGUGAGAGGGCAGUGAAAUCAGGUGACGUCAACUUGGAAGCACAUGUUUGACAAAGGCACACAGUCGGACCGUAAAAUGAAAAAAUAUGUAAUAACAAUGUGUUGCCAUGGGAGCUUUAAGUCUCCAUGUCCACGUUUGUUUUUUUCAGUCUCUGCUGCAAAAGAACAAGACAAGCUACAAACUGUAGCAAUGGAAGAAAGCUCUAUACGCACAAUUAUAUAGGAGUCGGACAGAUGUUUGUACUGGGACAGAAACGUGGCAACAUAACCCGGAUGUUGAUCGUUUGGUGUGACUAGGAAGAGUCGUGUGGUACCAGUGUGCAGCAGGAUGACACAUUUAAACUGGUUUUGGCUCAUACAGAGUGGACUACAAAGGACAAAGAGCUGUUGAGGCAGUCAACAUAAGAACACCUACAAAACAGUUUUGUGUGAAAGUGGGUUUAGAAAUCAUUACAUAGGUGUAAAUAUGUCGGACCACAGUUCUGAAAUGUCCCCUUUUAAUUAUACUGAGCAGAGGAGUUCGACAGCAAAGCGAAAGAAGAAAAACAAGUUGUUCUAUAGAAAGAUGCAGUAUUUAAAGGGAAAUGGUUACGUAGCUGGUCAACACAAAUCCAACCACCCCAAAGUUGACUCUGGACAUGACCAAACUCCACACCAAAAUGGACCUUCUACGAAAGGCCCACCAUCUUCCUCUUCCACACAAAACAAUGGUUUACCUUAUCAAGCCAGCACAGCCAGGCCUUCAGCAUCUACACACGGCAUGCCUUCCUUGACCAUCACUGUUUUCAACCAAGACAGCCAUGAAAAACCAAAGGAACCUGUGAACCCAACAUCUACAACCACCGGCCCCAGUCUUUCAGUAUCAAACAGCCAUAAGCCCACCGCCCCAUCAGCAGGAAUUCCCACUAAGUACCUCGCUAUUGACUGUGAGAUGGUGGGAGCGGGACCACAAGGGAGCAUCAGCCAGCUUGCACGUUGUAGUAUAGUGUCCUACGAAGGAGAUGUGGUCUAUGAUAAGUUCAUCAAGCCCAGCAUGCCUGUCACUGACUACCGUACCCGAUGGAGUGGCAUUCGACGCAGUGAUCUCGUCAACGCCACACCAUACGCAGAGGCCAGGAAGGAGAUACUGAAGCUGAUCAAUGGGAAGGUGGUGAUCGGCCAUGCCAUCCACAAUGACUUCAAGGUCCUCAGUUACUGUCACGCCAAUGCCUUGACCAGGGAUACAUCCCGAAUCCCUCUGCUCAACCAGAGGGCCGGCUUUCCUGAGAAUCAGUGUGCUUCACUGAAGAGACUCACAAAGGCCAUCUUUAACCGUGACAUCCAGACCGGGAAAAGGGGCCACUCUUCUGUGGAGGAUGCUAGAGCUUCUAUGGCACUUUACAAAGUGGUGGAAGCGGAGUGGGAGGGGAAACUUUCCUACAAAUCACACACCAGUUAGUGCCAUUUUUGGGCAGACCACGAGGGAAUAAACUCAUUUUAAAUGAAUAUUUGAAUGACUCGCUCAGAGUUUUACUGUCCUGUUGGCACGCAAGUGAAGGAACGAAGAAAACCGUACCUGAUCAUGUGGUAUACUGGACAAACCUCAACCAGCAGCCUGAAAUUUAAAACUGUUCUAUUACCAUGGGAGAGGAAGCAUAUGAAUAACUGCUGAAGCAGGCAUUUUGCUGUGACCUUUAGCUUCAGAUGUUACAUUCUUUCUCAGGGUUUACAAUGUGUUAAAAUGGUGCUCCUGCCACUUGGGGGCAGUCAUGUCUUUCCAGCAAAAAUAUUGAAAUAGAAUCUAUAAUUAAAAAAAAAAAAACCCUCACUAUUUUCAAGCUUUCAUAAUAGAACUGCUUUUAGUCAUGACAGCAGUUUAGCUGUCUUUGGACUAUGUUCAACUCAGUCUUGUUACAACACAAAGGUAUUAGUAUCUUGCCAUUUAAACACUGAUGCUGUUGAAAAAGCUUCAGCAUGUGUCACUCGAUUAUUAUGAAUCAGAAAUUGAGAGAUAAUACUGUCAUACUUUUGGGUUUUAUUUUUCAGGGCCAUUGGUGGAAUUUCAGAAAAUGACAAAUUUUAUCUAACUAAGCAGAAGUUUAACUAAUUUCUUAAUGUUGGUUUUAGAAACGGCUAAUCCAAGCAUACAUGAGUAUAAAGUAUGCACUGUUUCAGUUGAUGGUGCAUAUUAUUGGAGGAAAAUAAGGAGUUUUUUUUCAUUUUUAUUUUUUAACUUUUUUACCAGUUUCUAAAUGUGGUAUUAUGGAAAGUGAAACUAGUUACUGUCAGACUUCGCACAGUUUCCUGUGCAAUGUCAGACAAAUUCAGCUGUCCACUCUGCCAUCAGCUUGGUCUUAAUCUGAAUAAAUCAUUACAACAAUUUUAUGGCAUUAGAAUAAGUACCGUGAUGAAGCCAGAUUUAUUGGCAUAACUUGCAGAUUGUCUAAUGAUUAAGUGCGCAGAACAGUAAACAUUAAACUUUUACUUUGCAGAAAUCAUUCAGCUCCACUUCUUGCUGUCAUCGUCACGUUACAUUUAGAAAUAGGCGAUACUCUCAGUUUCCAGUUGAUGUACUGAGAUUUGUUUAUGAUACUUUGUACUGCCUAUUUGUAUCGGUGACAGCAGACGUAUCGUUAACACCUCUUAUUAUAAUACAGUGAACAGCACCACAAACGACAGCUUUGCAUAUGACUUAUUAAAAUAGAAAAACAAACCUUCACCAAGGUACUGCUUAUAGCAGGACUCUUAUAUUAGAAUGCGUUACUUUUAGCAAGGUGUACUUAAAAAUGUCUCCAACUGGUGCUGCAUAUUGUGACAUGAGCCAUCUGGUGUUCAGGAUCAAAGUUGAAAUGUGUAUUUUCUUGUUUUUGAAGACUGGAUUAGGACAAAUCCGAAUGUCUCAGCUGAGUGAAAUGGGCCGUGAACAGUUUUUUUGUUUGGUAAUCUUAUCCAAAUUAAUAAUGCCUUUCUUGUUGCUUGAGAAUUGUUUACUGUUCAGAUUUUCACUGUGAGUACGAAUCUUUGUAAAGUGAUAAAGGCUGCACAUAGCUGUCACAAUAAAGUAAGAAAAAAAAAAGAAAA